CGCGCCUGCGGGGAGCUCCCGACCCGCUCCGCGAGCCCGUGUCCCGCACGCACCGCCGCCAUGGCUACAAAGGACCCCACGGCUGUGGAGAGAGCCAAUCUCUUAAACAUGGCUAAACUGAGCAUCAAAGGGCUCAUCGAGUCCGCCCUGAGCUUUGGCCGUACCCUAGACUCCGACUACCCGCCUCUGCAGCAGUUCUUCGUGGUAAUGGAGCAUUGUCUGAAACACGGCCUGAAAGUGAGAAAAUCAUUUUUGAGUUAUAACAAAACUAUUUGGGGCCCUCUGGAACUGGUGGAGAAGCUGUACCCAGAAGCAGAGGAAAUCGGAGCGAGUGUCCGGGAUUUGCCUGGGCUUAAGACUCCCCUGGGCCGUGCUAGAGCGUGGCUCCGAUUAGCCCUCAUGCAGAAAAAAAUGGCUGAUUACCUGCGUUGCUUAAUUAUCCAGAGGGAGCUCCUAAGCGAGUUCUACGAGUACCACGCCCUGAUGAUGGAAGAGGAGGGAGCCGUGAUUGUCGGGCUGCUGGUCGGCCUGAACGUGAUUGAUGCCAAUCUGUGUGUGAAGGGAGAGGACCUAGACUCCCAGGUUGGAGUGAUUGAUUUCUCGAUGUAUUUAAAGAAUGAAGAAGAGAUCGGAAACAAGGAAAGGAACGUUCAAAUUGCCGCCAUCUUAGACCAAAAGAAUUAUGUUGAAGAGCUAAACAGACAACUCAACAGCACAGUCAGCAGCCUCCAUUCAAGAGUGGACUCGUUAGAAAAGUCAAACACUAAGCUGAUCGAAGAGUUAGCAAUAGCGAAGAAUAAUAUCAUAAAGCUCCAAGAAGAAAACCAUCAGUUACGUAGUGAAAAUGAAUUGAUCUUAAUGAGGACUCGGCAGCACCUGGAGGUUACCAAAGUGGAUGCAGAAACCGAGCUUCAAACAUACAGGCAUUCCCGGCAAGGUCUAGACGAGAUGUAUAAUGAUGCCAGAAGGCAGCUUCGAGACGAGUCGCUGCUCCGACAGGAUGUGGAGAAUGAGUUAUCAGUACAAGUUGGCAUGAAGCAUGAGAUCGAGCUGGCCAUGAAGCUGUUGGAGAAAGAUAUUCACGAGAAACAAGAUACUCUCAUAGGCCUUCGGCAACAGCUGGAAGAAGUCAAAGCAAUCAACAUUGAGAUGUAUCAAAAGCUGCAGGGCUCUGAAGAUGGCUUAAAAGAAAAAAAUGAAAUAAUUGCCCGACUAGAAGAAAAGACCAAUAAAAUCACUACAGCCAUGAGGCAGCUGGAGCAAAGAUUGCAGCAAGCAGAGAAGGCGCAAAUGGAAGCUGAAGCCGAGGAUCAGAAAUCUGCCCAAGAGUGUCUGAGCAAGUCCGACAGUCUGCAGAGACAGAUCUCGCAGAAGGAGCAGCAGCUGGUGCAGCUGGAAACGGACUUGAAGAUUGAGAAGGAAUGGAGGCAGACUUUGCAAGAAGAUCUUCAAAAGGAAAAAGAUGUCCUAUCUCAUCUUAGACACGAAACCCAAAAAAUCAUAAGUCUUAAAAAAGAGUUUCUUAACCUCCAGGAUGAAAAUCAACAAUUGAAAAGAAUAUAUCACGAACAAGAACAGGCUCUGCAAGAACUUGGCAGCAAACUCUGCGAAUCUAAACUUAAAAUAGACGAUAUAAAAGAAGCCAACAAAGCGUUACAGGGACUGGUCUGGCUAAAAGACAAAGAUGCAACCCACUGCAAGCUUUGUGAGAAGGAAUUUUCACUCUCCAAAAGAAAGCACCACUGUAGAAACUGUGGGGAAAUUUUCUGUAAUGCCUGCUCUGACAACGAGCUGCCUUUGCCCUCUUCACCAAAGCCAGUUCGAGUGUGUGAUUCCUGUCAUGCAAUGCUCAUUCAGAGAUGUUCCUCUAAUGUGCCGUGACACGGGAACUCAUGCUCCUGCACAGAAGCACCUGCAGUGAGGGAGGGCUGUGCACAGCAGUGCCAAGUCAGCGCUGUACCUCGCCUCCAGCUAACACACAGGUUUCUAAGUUCUAUGGGUUAGUAUUCCAUUCCUGUACUUAAUCAGAUUUUAAGAUAGCAUGUUUGAUCACUACUCAACAUCAAGUAACCUUUAACAAAAGGUCAGAUAGCAGAGCUAAUGCACAGUUGCCUUACCUUAUAGAGGCCUUCUUGAGAACAAGGCCACAGCUCAUUUGCUUCUGAACUGUUGAGUUGGCACCUGAUGGUGCCCGUAUAUCUCUUAAUGCACUUUAAAAUUGUCACAGUUCUCAGAGAAAAACUGGAAAUGCAUUCACUUUAUGUUACAUGCCAAUUUAACAUUGUUUUUUGAAAUGGUGGCUCAUGCCUUUAAUCCCAGCACUUGGGAGGCAGAGGCAGGUGGAUCUCUGAGUUUGAGGCCAGCCUGGUAGACAGAGCAAGUUCCAGGUCAGCCAGAGCUACACAGAGAAACCUUGUCUUAAAAAGAAAAAGGGGCUGGUGAGAUGGCUCAGGGGUUAAGAGCAUCAACUGCUCUUCUGGGGGUCAUAAGUUCAAAUCCCAGCAACCACAUGGUGGCUCACAACCAUCUGCAAUGGGAUCUGAUGCCCUUAUAUGGGUGUCUAAAGACAGCUACAAUGUACUUGGGGACGGAGCAAGAGAGAAAAGGGAAGGGGGGAAAAAAAGAAAAAAGAAAGGAAGAAAAGACAGAUUGAAUCAAAGUUGUUCAUUUAUUACCAUGAACUUUGCCUCAGCACUGAAGUGCUGGGGAUACAGGUGUGUGCUUCCAUCCCAGGCCUGUCUAUUCUUCAUUGUCUGGUAAGAUUCUAAUUUAGUUGUAUCUAUUUGCUUGCUCUUCUCCCUUCUCUACAAUGGAAAAGACCAACGAUUUUAUCCCAUCCUUUUCUUUUUACUUGUCCAUACCUUUCAUAUAGUGGACUACAGGAUCAGUGAUCUGGCCUCUAGCUUUUCCUUCACUUUUUAAGGGGAAGUUUUACUAAUAACCAUCAUCCUUAUCACAGAUUCUGUAAAGGGUCAGAUUCCAAAGGAGAAACCAUUCCUUCCCAGGGAACAGAGGGAAAGAGUGAGACCACAGGACUUUAAAGACUGAUUCUAAACAUUAAAAAUAAGAGAGUUUAAAACUUUGCCUUUGCUAUGAAAGAAUUAAGUUUCUCCACCCUCAGUUCUCUUAAGAACUUCUAGGAAGCAUUACAUUGGUGUGUUUACACUUACAAUAGAAUUUCACCCAAUGUGUAUCAAGUACCUUUAUGCUAUGGUCUUAGGUAGAUAGUGGUUCCUUAUUUUUUUUAAGCAGAGGGGGGAAAAAAGCAUUAAGUUACUUAUCAUGACCAUUUAGGAUCUUAAAUAUAUUAACUUCCAGUCUUGUUCUUUUAAAUCUAUAAACCUUUCAAACUCUAGCGAUUUUACAUUCCCAAGAACACUGUUCAGUGUUUGGGUACUUUUAUGAUCCCCUUUUCUGUAGGAUCUUUUCAUUUGCUGUGUUUAAGUUUUUAUAAACUGCCAAAAUUACAAAACUAGUAUUUACCAGCUUCUGUGGUCUGACAGAUUUCUAGAUGUCUCUUCUUUUGGAGACAGGGAAACCAAUCCCAAGUCGGCCUCCAACCUGGUGUGCAGCAGGGGAAGCCCUUCAACUGCCUCUCUGCCUUCCACACCUCCCAGCUGCUGAGAUUAUAGCUGUCUGGUGUUUGUAUGUGGUGCCGGGGAUGGAAGCCCUGACUUUGUGCACAUUGGCCUGGUACUCUACCAACUGAGUCACUCCCUGACCCAGAUGCCAUUUGUUGAACAUGGACAGAAAUGGUCUUGAGACAGCAUUAAGACAUUAAGGCAGGAAAGGAGGACUACCACAAGUUUCAAGAACAGCUUGCCGGGUCCAUCCCUAUGCUAUAUAUGCACAGUGAAAACCUGGCACAAAAAUUAGAAAGGGGGGGGAGAAUUCUUGAACCACUCUAUACUGAUGGGGAUGACUAACAUUUUUUUCUGACUGUUGAAAGUGAGCAUAAAUGAAAAAAUUUCAAAUGCUUUAUUAUGUGCUUUUUAUUACGACUCAAAAUUUGUAUCAUAAACACAGGCCUUUUCUGGAGCAGCAUUAACUUGUUCCCCACUGUGUCUGAGAUAAGAAUAUAGCUCAGUGGUAAAAUGUUUGCUUAUUGUGGCUAUUAAGAGCCUGGGUUCUCAAUUCACUUCACAGUACUAUCACCAACACCAAAAAAACCUCCCAACUUUAAAUUUAGGAUAUCCUACUCAUUAUAGAACAUUCACAAUCCUUGUUUUGCAGAAAACAUCUGUCACUCCCUUACUUCCCUAGCCAGGACUACCACAAGGAUGUAAUCAUGGUGCCAAGGAAUUGCAAUUGUAAUUCUGAUCUGUAAUGUUUUUAAAAUAAAUGUGAUUUUAUAAAACGGA